CGCGUGCUUCGGUGAAGCCCAACGCGGCGCCCGGAGACCUUCACAAUAAAAGGCACGGCGGCGGCUGAGGAGGACAGGCACAUUUGCACAGCUCCUCAGCUGGAACGGACCAAGACGUUCGCUCUCCUGAAGAAAAGUUCUUCACUCUCGUGUGUGUGCGUCGUACUCGCUUGGACUAUUUAUAUUAUUCGACAAUGAUACCCUGUUGGAAAACAGCGUCCACGGCGGCUUCCAUGAUGCUGCUUGUCAGCACACUCGUGGGUCUGUGUCCCGCCUUCGUGCUCGUGCACCCUGUCGGCGUUGUACCCCAGACGCAGGUGGUAUACCAUUCGCCGAAUGGGCAACCUCUGGUGCCCGUGGGCGGUCCAGGACAGCCGCCCGUCAUUUACCACUACGGUCCCGGAGGCGUCAGCCCAGAACUGCAGCCUCCCGUCGUACUUGUAAGAGUGGUUCCAGUGCUUCCGCCCCCGAACCAGCCUCCGCUGCAGCCUCCGUUCAUCGAGGAAGUGCCACCCGUGUUCAAGAACCCGCCACCAGACCCAGAGGACACUCCACCAGCCAAGAAGCCUAAGGUACACGGACGCCGUGGCAACCGCCCCGACUGUCCCGAGGUGGACAACAAGAAGGGUAUCGCACCACCACCAACCCGUAAGCCUUCCAAGAGGGGCCGCGACUCCCAGACCAGGAAGUCCAGGAGGCCACCCGCAGAGUCCACCACCAAGAGGCCACCCAACAAGCUCAACCGUCGCAUCAACCCCAAGAGCGAGCGCUUGACGAACGAGAGGCUAACACUCGCGAAGAACGCUUAAGCCUCUUCUCUCUAAGCCAAACUAUUCUAACACCGUGCUCUAAGCCGUCUGCGUUGAUCGACCUUGUAGCUUACGCAAUUUUCAAUGGCGGCGGAUUCCGCCAUGUUGCCUCUUCCGAUUGGCUCUAAAGCUGAGGGAGACGCGCGCUCCCUGUUUGUUUUUCAAAACGGCAAUGUAGUGGAGCUCCGUCGUCGGUGAAGAGGUCGUAACAAAGCCUCAGAGUUCUUUGCAGACUUGUUCUUAAGAAUGUCGCCAUUGUCGUCUGGUCGCUGCGGUGCUUUCCCUAGUGCUUCCUUGAAACCACGAUGUCCUUUCACAACUGCCGUGUAUCACUUUGGUCCGAUUUGCGUUCUGUACGAAGGCGUGGCUCUGUAUGUGGUCGUUUGCUGACGUAGAUGUUUUUAUUCCUGGCGCGAAAACUAGUAACAUGGUUCAUGGUCCCUCCAGCCUUUUGUGUAUUAGACAAGGAGAGCUCUGGAGGCGCAAUGAUAUUAGUUCUCAGCAUAAGCGUGAGCACGAGGGGGGCCGAGAAGGAGGGCGCCAAUUUUGCCCCAUACAUAUUCUGUUGGACCUUUCACGUCAUUUUUUUAAUUCGUACAGUUAUGGCUUCGCGUGUUUUUUGACGAUAAUGGCAGCCAAGGACCUCUCACGUUGCAUUCAACGAUCUGACCCCGGAAAGCCGCGGACCAGUAGAAGCAUGUCAUCACUUCAUUUUCAUUUUUGUGUCCACUACGGAGCUCGUCUUCUUUUGCACUCGAGCAAUUGGGGGUGGGGGUGUCUUCGGUGACGACUUGACCCCCCCCCCCCACACACACACACACGCACACCCCCUAAUGGACAACCGGACGCGCGUCUAUGGCUCCCACAACAGUUUUGUACGAAACCAGACGAAGCGCUUGAGCUUGUUGACAUCUAAGAAUGACGUGAAUUGCAUUGGCGACUUCUUCAGCGCCAUCAACGUACGAAUGAAAGUGCAACCUAUGUUGCUAGAAUGAGGAGUUUAGCUGUAUUAUCAACACACCUAUACUAAAGAAAGAUCCAAUGAGGCUGCCAUGUUCCAAGGAAUAAUUAGGAAAACGUGAGGCGUUUAAAAAAAGGGCGUGCUGUCGACGUUUCGUGCAUGUUAGCUUCGUGGCGGUUUUCGCUUUACAAAGGAAAAGAAAACCAAAUGUCGAGUCAUUCGUGUCAGCACUUGCAUUUUCCAAAGCUCUCGCUGACCGACUGAACAGCAAUUACGCCACAAGUAUUGGUAACAGAAAGUAUAGUGGUUUUUCAAAUGCAUAUUGAGCAAGCAUCAGCGGUUUCAAGAUGAUUGACUGUAAAUGCGGAUGUUGAAGACUGCGCUAACUGCAGUAACUCCGUGCAAGGCACGGGGUUGUUUUUAGUCAUAUAGCACAAUCUUAGUCAUAACACUUCUUCCAUCCACAUUGCAUUCAACCCAUUCCAACUUCAACCGACAGCCGGAGUUUCUGGUUUCUGAGCCAUCACAAUGUUGACGUUUGUAACCCUCACCUUGUAUAAAGCAAGACCCAGAGGCGCCGGCACGUCGAUAUCGAUCGUCAUACUUCGAUCAUCGAAAAAUAAUUUAUCCACGUGUUCGCAUUCAUUCUAAGUUUAUUCUUCUGUAAAUAAACUGACCUAUUUUAUCUACAA